GCUGUUGUUAAAUACCCCUCACCUCCGCCGCCGCGGGCAGACAGCCUCUCUCAGCGAGUAUCACGAGACCAGCGCUGUCUGCAACACGCUAAAAAUAUCUUUGCCGUUUUUUUAUGUUGUUGAAACUUUGUUGAGCUAAGUUUCAUCAUAACCAAACACUUCAUAUAGACGAGUGUCUAGAGCCCUUACAUAUCAUCGUGUUCAGUGGCACAGAGUUUUGAGCGCAUUUCAGCCACGAUGUCCGCCAACACGCAACAGAGCAAGAGCUGCCCCAUUCCCACGCGUGUCCUGCACCUCAAAGACUGGUCCCAGCUCCCAGACUGCUACAGUCAGACCCCUGGAGGAACACUCUUCUCCACCACACCGGGGGGAACUCGGAUCAUUUAUGACAGAAAGUUCCUCCUGGACUGCAGGAACUCUCCCAUUGCCCGGACCCCACCCUGUUGUUUGCCCCAGAUUCCUGGGGUGACCAUUCCUUCACACCAUCCAAUGUCUAAACUGCAGGAACUCAAAGAGGAGUUGGAGGAGGAGAAGGAUCUGGCAGCUGAAGACAACCAGUUUGAAAUGGACAUUUGAAUCUUUCAUCUACCUCCUGUGGAGAAUUCUCUAUUAUAUCUGUCGGGAUGUUGCUGCUUACUCCACGAUCAGCAGACAUUACAUAUUCACCAGAUUACAGGGCUUUUUAAUGAGCUAAACACCCAAAGGGUGUCUUAUUCUUUUGUUUAAAAGUAUUUGUUAGAUGUUUACCGGAAGAAAAAAAAAAACACGAUUCCUUGACAAGUGACAGUGUGUUUUAAAGUUCUUUAUUGUACAUAUGGUACUUUCUACUUUUUUUUUUUUU